AUGACCGGUCAACAUCAAUAUAAACCAAAUGGUCAGAUGGCCACUGAAAGAUCAGGUUCUUCACAUUCAUCAUUCCUUUCUCAUAUCUAUCUAGACCCCAAUUGCGUUAUACCUGAAUCACCUACCAUCUCAAUCACACCUACUCACGAUCUUGCGGCUGGGGCCACUCAUAUUAUUGAGUCACCUAUUACAUCUGAUUCUACAUGGGAAGAAAGGGAAUUAUCAAGCAUUCAAAGUAAUGAUAGUGGCGAGUAUGAAGAUCUAGACGAUCCUCAAAUCUGCAUUCGAUCCAAUAAUCAUUCUACUAUUGGUGGUGGUACCAAGCCAUUGAGAGUUAAGAAGAAGAAAGGUGUUACAGCUGUCAAAGUUGGUUCUAAAACCAAAAAACGUAUUUCCCUCCCUCAUUCACCUUCUCCCCAUUAUUCUCGAUCCUUCGCAACUCAAUCAACAUCACCUAGACAAUUCGGUUACACAGGAAUCAAACCUAAGAGAAAUCCAUCUUCCAAUUCUGGUAAAUCAAAUUUAUCCACAACUUACGCCAACAUAUCAUCGAUCUUCCUUAACUUACCUUCCGACUCGCCGACCGAGAAAACGGCUACCAUGAAGGGUAGGAUCGUAAAUGCUACUAGAUUUUCCGAUUCUUCUUUACAUCUAGGCCUCGGGAAAUUCACAACAUACGAUCCAAUCUCUCCUGGACCUUCACCUCCAAGUUCACCCUUACCUUCACCUAACAAACGAACUUUCGUCUCCGCCUCUACUGCUGCAGCUCAGACAUACAUGAAGAAACCACUUCCUCAUCCACCAUCGCCUCUUACACUUUCUAGAGCACCUCGAAAAGCUGCUGCGCUACUCGGUGCAAGUGUUCCUAUUGGAUUUGCUCAAAGCAGAAAAGGAGGAGGAGGAAAGAUGCAUGGAUUGAGUACAAAACAUUUCAGACCACUACCUCAUUCGACUUUGACUGAGAUUGAGAAAUUUUUCGGUGAUGUACCCAACAGGAACAAAAAGCCUAACACCCCUAUCAAUGGUAGUAAGACAAAGUCGAAAUCUACUAGUGGAGUCGGAGGGAUGGAUGAAAGAGGAAUGGGAGAUAGGAACGUCGGUUCAGGCGAGACGGUCAAAUAUAAAUCUGAAGAUGGAUCAAUGUGGUUGGACGUAGAGGAAGAACAAGAAUUUGCUUGGUUGUUAUCCGAGAUAUUCGCUUUGAUCCCUCAACCCCUACCUGAUUUAACAUUGGCAAAAGUGAAGAGUAAUGAGACCACUGGCUCACAGGAAGAAGAGAAUAACUGGGAAAUGGAGAAUUUCACUUCUAUUCUAUCUUUACCUAAACCCAAAGCUCACUCCAAAGGUAAAAGCAAAACUGGUAAGAAGACUAAAGUAAGAAGUGAAAAUUCAUUUUUGGAUUUAGGUUUAGAUACACCUAAACUUCCUCGAAACAAUAUCAAUAUCAAUCCAUGGACGAACGCACCAUCACAUAAGAGAUCAUUAUCAAAUCCCACUUCUCCAUCAUCGACAAUUCCUAAAUUAUCAAUUUCAUCUCCCAUGCCAGCUUUGAUUCCUCCACCAAGGAUCAGUUCGAAGGCGGGACCUUCUUCUUUACCUAAUUCCACAACGAGUUAUAUGGAUCAAGUCAAUUGGUCUGUUUCUGCUGCUGAAUUUGGAUCUGGAUCUGGGUCUGGAUCGGGAUCGGGAUCAGAUAGCGAAGGAUCCACUUCUAGCUCGGGCUUCAAUGGAUCACCGCCCCGUAUCAAGAAUCGACCUCCUCCCUUAACUUUGAAAAGGAUUAAACCAUCUAGUAAAUUACCAAUUCUUACCGCUACCACACCAUCCAACAACAAAAUUGACCAACCUCAAACGGAAACCGCCACAUCAGUCGUGAAUAGAAGUAAAUCACAAGCGAUCAUUCCAAGUGACCGAGAGAGAUAUAAUAUUCCUUAUACCGAAAGUCAGAUGGCCAAGAAAUACGAAGCACCUUCUACACCCUUUGUAAGACCUAGAAUCGCACCUAGACCUAAUCCCUCCGAGGUGAUCCCACCUUUACCUAUAAGUAUCAGUCAAAGUCAAGAACAAGAACAAGAACCAAUGAGUUUCUUCGAACCUGCCACACCGACCGAACCCAAGCCCAAGCCCAUCGGGAAUGCGAAUUUGAUAGGUAGUGGAAAUAAGGAAAAGAAGAGCUGGUUGAAAAGAGUCGUAAGAAGACCAUUGAAAGUUUGA